AUCUGGGUUAAUUCUGGUGUCAGUCCGGUGAUCAGUGCGUUCGACCGAGGAACAGUGUCCAACACCCUUUCUUGUGACCUGCUAAACUUGACUCCCGUCUCCGAAGCACAGAUUAAGCAGUGGCCGAAUAGGGCACCUGUCGUGGAUUCGGAAUGUGAUUAUUUAUCUCGAACGUGUCGCGCUCGCGUUUAUCUGUGUUUGUUCCCAGUGUGAAGUUUACCUUGCUGUCAGAAGAUGUGAAUGCAAUUUAUGUGCUUAGCACCGAAAGCUGCUCACUGCUCGCAAGCAAACGACGGAUGCCGCAAAGAUUCAGUUCCAUCUUUGGAUCUCUGGUCGCUGGUAGCCCACCGAGAAGGACAGUCCGUUAGCUCUGCGUAGUGGAUGCGUGUUACAAGUGAAGAAACCACUGUGUCUAAAUUUUUGGAGGUGAUUUUGCUUGGUUUUUUUCAUUCUUGGAGCCUAAACAAUGGAUGAGGAUAUAGUAUUAUUGGAGGACUCUAGCGUGGAACUGUCUACUGGCUCCACCGUAGAGACAACGCCUUCUACCUUCGAUCCUGUCACGAUCGUAACGCAGCUUAUAACGGAAUCUACCAAACUACUGACCACCGCAGCAGUUGAGACUACCUCUAGUAUUAUGUCCACGAUGUCCAGCACUCCAGGUACGGUAGUUAUGGAGUCGUCUACGAUCGCAAUGGACACAACUUCGAUACCGGAUGCCUCAUCGAUCACUACCACUGAGAGCAUCCUUUCUACCAGCACCGCAUCAUCACCAAUAACCGAGACACUUCUAUUCUCCUGGUUUGACUACACGAUCUUCGCCCUGCUCCUGCUGCUCUCCACGUUUAUUGGAGUGUACUUUGGAUUCCUAUCGAAGAUCAAGCAGAACAACAAGAAGGAAUAUCUGCUGGGUGGCAAAACGAUGAACAAGUUCCCCGUAUCAGCUUCCCUCAUUGCAAGUCACAUUUCUGGAAUAACCAUGCUAGGAGUACCGUCGGAGAUGUACAGCCACGGGACACAGUACUGGAUGUUUAUCAUUCCAGCUUUUACGGUUGCGCUCCUGAUGAAAACGAUCUACCUGCCAGUGUUCUACGACCUACAGGUUACUUCUGCUUUCACGUAUCUCGAGCUGCGCUUCGACAAGUUCGUCCGAUCGGCUGCCAGUCUGGUGUAUGCGCUUCAGUGCAUCAUCUACAUCCCGAUCGUGAUCUACGUCCCGGCGCUGGCAUUCAGUCAGGUGACCGGAAUCAAUCUCCAUGUGAUCACACCCAUCAUCUGUGUGAUCUGUAUCUUCUACACCACCGUUGGUGGACUAAGAGCCGUUGUCUGGACCGAUACACUGCAGUUUGUGCUUAUGAUCGGGGCUUGUAUAGCUGUGAUUGUGCUAGGCAUCAGCUCGGUUGGAGGAUUCAUGGAGGUUUGGGAAGCGGCCGAUCGUGGAAAGCGUCUUAUCUUCUUCAACAUGGAUCCGAACCCCUUUGUUCGCACAUCCUUCUGGACGGUCUGCCUAGGACUCACCACUCUCUGGGUCUCUAACCUUGCCGUCAACCAGGGCUGCGUUCAACGGUUUCUCGCCGUCCCGGAUCUUCGGGUAGCUAAAAACUCGCUCAUCAUCUUCACCGCCGGUCUUAUCUUCGUCAAGAGCUGUUCCUGCUUUAUCGGACUCCUUAUCUACGCCAAGUACGAAAGCUGCGAUCCGUUCUCCAUCAAGAAGAUCUCCAAAAUUGAUCAGAUUCUACCGUACUACAUCAUGGACGUGGGGACAAAGAUUCCCGGACUACCGGGGCUUUUCGUGUCCGGGAUCUUCUCUGCCGCCCUGUCGACAAUGUCCUCCGUACUGAACACCUUGGCCGGUACCAUCUACGAGGACUUCAUCCACCACCGGAUGCCAAAUGCAAGCGAAAAGAAGGCAAGUAACAUCAUGAAGAUGUUGGUCGUGCUGCUCGGAUUCCUGGUGCUUGGACUCGUGUUCGUUGCCGAACGGAUGGGGCAAGUCAUGCACAUCGCCAUCUCGUCCUCGGGUGUAACUUCCGGCACGAUGCUGGGCAUGUUCUCGGCCGGUAUGAUUUCUCGGCGCAUCAACACAAAGGGUAUUAUCAGUGCGUCGGUUGUGUCGAUGGCCAUCACCGGUACGAUAAUGACGGGAGCUCAACUAAAUCCUAAACCACCGAUGCUAUCGCUGCGAACGGAUGGAUGCGAUGGGGAGAUUCUGGCCAACGUAACGACGCUACUGACAGAGACUGUCACGCAAGCAGUAGAAACGGAUACGGUCCCACUAAUCUUCAAGCUAAGCUUUAUGCACUACUCUUUGCUGGGGUUGAUUAGCUUCUUCGUCGUGUCGUUCGUGGUGAGUCAUCUGACCGGCGGUGGGGAUAUUAGCGACGAACGGUUGCUGGCACCGUUCCUGCGCAACACGGACAAGCUGGAGAAAGAGAUGACACUGCUGAAGCACAACAUCAAGUAUGAGGAAAUCGAUAUGGCACUGCGGGAGCUACAAAAACCCUCCGAUCUGGAGAAAAAGUGAACCGAGUGCGUGAGUUUAAGCUUAAAUCAAGCUACAUUAAUUAUUGAUAAAUAAAGCAGCAACAGUAGAAUCUCACCGUAAA